AUGUCAUUAAUCGCUUACGUUGAGCAAUACAUCAAGCUCGCCAAAAGUGAUGCUACCAAGACUCUAGGCCUCAGAGUUGGAGGCAAAGAUAUCGUCGCGGGCGACUACUUACCACUCUCAGAAGCCGUAUCUGUCCCCGAAAUUUCUCUCACGACCGACGACCCGGCAGGGAGAUAUGUGACUGUCUGCGUCGAUCUUGACGGUCCAUAUCCAAGUUUCCCAUUUCUCUCCCCGAUUCUGCAUUGGGUCCAGUCCGAUUUGCAGGCUUCGCGCUCUACGAAAGCGCUGACCACAGAAAAGCCGUUCAUCGCCAACUAUAUUGGCCCUGGACCUCCGCCGGGAAGUAGUCCUCAUCGCUAUGUCUUCUUGCUCUACAACCAACCAGAGGAAUUUGACCUGAAGCUUUAUGCUCCACCCGGAGGGAAGGAGUAUGGGAAUAUGGCCCGCAUGCGGUAUGAUCUGGCCGCAUUUGAGGAAAAGGCAAAGCUGGGGAAGCCUAUCGCUGUGAAUUAUUUUACUAGCAAUUAG